AUGAGGCGCACACAACACAAGAUAAGUGAACACUUGCAGAGCUCCCGCUCGUCCCGUGUGCGUCACAAAGGAGGUCAUGUUCACUGCGACUCGUGCUACUCACGCCGCUGCAGGGCGCGCGUGGAGCCCUCGGUCUGCUGCCCGCUCAGUACCUGCCGCCUCCUGUGUGGGGCGCUCUUCCACCUGUGCAAAGAGGAGGAGCACCUGCUGCUCUGCCCCAACGGCCGCGUCCCGUGCAUCAACGCUGAAGCGGGAUGUCCGCUCCAGAUGCCGCGCUCCUCCCAGGCCCAGCACCUGCAGUUCUGUCCCGCCAGCGUGGUCUCCUGCUCCAUGGAGUGGCUGCGGUGGCCCACCGACGAGACCAACCCAAACAGUUUUUUAGCUUUGCAAGAAAAUCUACUGAAGGAGAGGCUUGAGCAGCGUGAGCAGGCGCUGGAUGUCUGUGUGGCGCUGGCGGAUCAGACCGCUCUGUGUUCGCGACUCAAAAUGAAGACUCUGUAUCCGGAGAUGAUGGAGCCGAGCGAAGACGAGGAGAGCAAAGAGGAGAGCGCUAUGGGAGGGACUGUGAACGGAGAGGUCCAAGAAGAAGUGCUGCCUUUGCCUGCAUCUGUCUUUGAACCCUUGAGUCCUGAGGAAACAGAAUCUCGAAGGCAGAUUUUGAGCUCAAGAGGUAACAUUAUGGACAUGAUGUUUGGGAUGGAGCGAGGAGCGUGCACGUUGGCAGAGUCACAACUAGACAACCCAACAAAAAAAGACAAAACAGCAGCGACAGAAGAGAAUAAAAAGCAGGUUUCAGGAGGUCAAAGUGGAUCCAACGGUGACGCUGCUGCUGCCGCGGAUCCUGAAGGUGACUACAGUAAAGAAGGAAGUGCUCCAUGGCAUGAAGGGGUCCUGGAGCGGCUGGGCAGAGACCUGACCCCCCAGGAGUACAACAUGUAUAUAGUCCAUCAUGGGAGGAUGCUGAUGGCGUUUGGACACAUCGAGGCCUGCACGCCCAGAGAGAGGGACUUUGUGUAUGGAAGCCUGGAGCCUAUUCCAGUACAAACCCUUUGCUCUUUCAAGGUUCCUGAGAGCUAUCGCUACAGAGAGAGAAUUAAUCUACGUGAAACCAUAGUUCACAUUGAGACUGAGAGUCGGAAGACGGACACCUCAGACCUGGGAGUCACCGAGUGGUUUGGCGACGAGACCAAACUCACUUUCCUGGGAUACGCCGAGAAGGAGGUCAUGGGCCACAAGAUCUGCGAGAUGAAGGCCACAGACGGUCUAUUCGUGGACGAGGGCACGCAGACCUAUUCUUUCCGCUCGGCUCCGUUCACGUCCGAGACCAGACUCUGUGACGUGGCGCCGGAAACCGCUGGACCCAGACUUCACCUGCAGGUUCAGGCCGAGAGCGUGAACAGCCGCAACAACCGCACCAGCGCCUUCGCCUUUGUCUGCGGACACGUCUUCCACCGCAGAGAAUACUCCGCCCACGUCAGGAAUGUCCACGGAGACAUCCAGACUGGGCUCAGUGGUUGGUUUGAGCAGAGAUGUCCUUUGUCGUACCUGGGAUGCACCUACAGCUUCAGGAGGUUUCAACCGUCCACUCACAAAGCUACUGUCACCUACAAUCCAGAGCUGAAGACUUUUAACCUGCGGCCUGCUCCAGUCUGCCCCCUGUGGGAGGACUGUGGUACUGCAGAGGACGCUCUGAGCUCGCUGCCCUUCGAGGUGCUGUGUCACAUGGCCUCAUUCCUGGACAGUCUGUCGCUGUCGCAGCUCGCUCUGGUGUCCGACCUGAUGAGGCAGGUGUGCUCCUCUCAGCUGCAGGACAGGGGCAUGGUCUCCCUGCGCUGGGAGAGGACCACAGGCUCCAGAGGCAAGAGCCAGUGGAGGGCGACACCGGUGUGGGAGUUCAGUCACCUCUUCUCCAAAGUGGAUUCUUGGCACUUGUCUGAAAUCUCUUCCAUCUCGUCUCAUCUCAAAGUCUGUCCGUUCUAUGAGCAGCAGGUGCACGAGGCCCAAGUCCAGCUGCCUGCUCUGACCCCCAAGAAGGAAAACAACACACAAAACCAAACUCUGGUUGUGAGAGCCAGGGCCAUGGCCGCGGGGAGGCUGGAGCAGCAGGGCAGGCUGGAGCAGCAGGUGGCCAGUGUGGAGCGGGGCAUCGCCUUCCUGAAGCAGGAGCACCGCGUCAUGCUGUCUGGGCUGCACCUGGAGAUCAGCAACCUGAAGAGACGCUGCCACGAGUUGGGCUGUGAGCUGGACUCCAGGUUUCCCGACAGAAACCCAACAGAUGAGGAGGCAGAACUGGCGGCCCGCUGUGAGGCAGUGAAGCGCCUGCUGGAGGACCAACACUGUACGACGCUGGCGGCCCGCGGAGACCUGCGCACAGGCCGGGCGCGCGUGUCCGCUCUGGGCCGCAGCCUGAGGGAGGAGGAGAGGUGCUUCCUGGAGGAGCUGAAACGCAGAAGCCACAAGAUCACUCUGAUGAACCGGGAACUCCAACGCCAAGACUCCGCCACCUCCAGCCUGUGCCAGGAACUGCACAGCGCGCGCUUAAAACUAUUCCAACAACAACAGCAGCAGAGCGAGGAGGGCGGAGCCGAGGGGACGGACGCCCGAACACCCAAAGACCAACCGGAAGUGGCGCUGGAAGAAGAGGAGGAGGACGAUUACCAAGACGACAGCUCGGAUUGGCUUUUAUCCCCUCCUCCUCCCGUCUCUCCCGGCCAAUCAGAGCUCGCCAUCCAGAGGAGCAGGUUGAGCAUCAGGGAGGAGCGGGUGCGAGCUUGCGUCCCGCGGGAGAGGGUCACGUCCCCGCAGAGACCGCUCCCCAUGCCGGACCCCGCCGUCUUCCUGGUGCCCCUGAGGUACCGGAUGCUGCGACUGAACCGGCCAAUCAGAGAGCAGGAGAGGUUGGAGCAGUUGGAUGAUGAGUGGGAGGAUAUCGACGAGGGCGGGGUGCACAGCAGAGUGGACAUGGGGGCGGGGGAGGGGGAGACUGCCCUGUGA